AUGGCAGUCAAGCAAGUUCGUGUGGUCCGACUGGCGCACGUGGUAUACCAGCACCCGGAUCUGGACAGAGCGCUCUCUUUCCUUUUCGAUUUUGGGUUCGUGGAGGAGCACCGAACCGCCGACCGCGUGUACCUUCGCGGGUACGGGAUCCAACCGUUCGUCUACGUCGCCGAACGAUCUCCAGACACCAAGAGACAUUUUGUCGGGGGCUUCUGGGUGGUGGACAGCCUGCAAGAGCUGGAAGCCGCUGCUGCCCGUCCAGGUGCCUCGCCCAUCCAGGACAGCGAUGCGCCCGGCGGUGGAAAGGUGGUCACGGUCGAGGAUCCCAAUGGCUUCACGGUGGGCUUUGUCUAUGGACAAAAGUUGAGAGAGAGCGACGGCCCCGUACCUCCGCUCGAGAAGACUGCACCAAUCGCAAACACGGCCAUCCAAAAGCCCAGGAAAGGCACAUUUCGACGAUUCAAGCCGGGGGCUUCCCCUGUGCACAAGCUGGGACACUACGGAUUCAUUGUCCCCCCGAGCAAGUUUGAGAGCACGCUCUCAUUCUAUACCGGCCUGAUCAAUUUGAAGCCGACCGACGCCGUUUUCAGCCCUGUGACGGGCAAAGAUGAGACGUGCUUUUGCCACAUAGACUUGGGGGCAGAAUAUACUGAUCAUCACAGUUGGUUUGUCGCAUCCGGCCAGGAAGGGCGGCCCGUGUUCGUCCAUCAUUCAAGCUACGAAGUCAAUGAUUUCGACACGCAGACCCUUGGGCAUGACUGGCUCCGAACCAAGGGCUGGACGAACUGCUGGGGCAUUGGGCGACAUGUCCUGGGGAGUCAGAUCUUCGACUACUGGUUCGACGGCUCUGGAAACAUUGUCGAACACUAUUCGGACGGGGAUCUGGUCAACCAAGACACGCCCUUUGGCAGGGAGGCCGCUGCGCCGGACACGCUGCACAUCUGGGGCCCCAAUAUCCCUCUGGCCUUUCUGUCGGGAAAAAUCGAAGACGCGGGCAAGGAGAUGCCAGUGCCCCCGGACCCGCUGGAGGCGAAACCAGCUCAGUAUAACGUGCCUAUGGUGGCAGCUUGA